AUGGACCCUAGUAUCAACGAGCCCGGCUCCUGGCAGGAGAAAGCUGCACGAAAGCGAGAGGAAUGUGCCAGCAGAAUACCAACCGAAUGGAAGCUUUCUGAUGGCUUCAUGGCUAAAUUCUCAGCACCAUUGUCGGAAAACAAGAACGAUUUUAUCCGAACUGCGGCAAUCCGUGAAUCUGGAAUUCUGACAGCGCGUGAACUGAAAAUCACCGAGCAAUACACAGUUGCUGAAUUGAUCUCCGCAUUGGCAAUUGGGAGCCUUACCUCCGUUGAGGUCACUCUAGCUUACUGCAAGCGUGCUGCAGUCGCCCAGCAACUGGUUUCCUGUCUCACGGAAACCAUGUUCGAGGAGGCUCAAAAGCGAGCCCAAUACCUUGAUGACUUGAAAGCGCAGGGAAAACCAGCAGGUCCACUGCAUGGACUCCCUGUUAGCAUCAAGGAUAACUUCCAAUUUAAGGGAAGAGAAGCGACUACUGGACUGGUUUCGUUUCUAGGAGAGGUCUCCACCGAAAAUACUUCCCUUGUUGAUCUUCUUUUGGAACUAGGAGCAGUACUAUAUGUCAAAACCAAUGUUCCUCAAACAAUGAUGACAUCUGACUCUCAUAAUAAUGUCUUUGGGCGGACUCUGAACCCCUGGAAUACCCAACUAGGGCCCGGCGGCUCGAGCGGUGGUGAGAGCGCGUUGAUCGCUCUUCGAGGCUCCCCUAUUGGCCUUGGAACGGACAUUGCUGGUUCGGUACGAAUCCCUGCCCGUUUCUGCGGAACCUAUGGUUUCAAGCCGAGUACAUCUAGAAUACCCAACGGCGGGAUGCGAAUUUGCACGACACUGGGCUUGAGGUUCAUCUUAUCAACCACAGGUCCACUCUCUCUGGACUUGGAUGGGAUCGAGAUUCUCUUGAAAACAAUUUUCAGUGCACGGCCUUCCCUGUAUGACUCAACGGCUCUUGAUAUUCCCUGGAGAGAUGUUCCAAGAAAACCAGUCUUGAGAAUUGGAGUCAUGCAUGAGACCUUCCUCUUCCCUCUUCAUCCGCCUAUACGGAAAGCACUUAAUGAAUCAGUCAGCCUUUUGGAAGCUCAGGGCCAUCAGAUAAUCCACCUGGAUCAGGAAGAUUUUCAAAUUUUGGAAGCGAAUGACAUAGCCUGGAAUAUUUUCAACUUAGAUCAGGGCUCUAGAGAUCUCAUUGUUGGAGCUGGUGAGCCAGUUGUGCCUGCUAUUGGCAUCAUUAUGAACCGGAUUGAGACUCUGAUGCGGAUGUUCCCGCCGUCCCAGCCAGAAACAAGUGGACUCGAUCGAAUGGGGAAUCUAGCUCUCCUCAACGUGCGACGAGCGAAGCUACGUGAGAAUUACCGGAAGUUCUGGUUGCGACAUGAGCUGGAUAUCUGCAUUGCUCCGUUGUCUCAGAAUACCGCAAUCCCGCAUGAUACUUCCGGCAUUGCGCCUUAUGCAACAUUCUUGAACACUUUGGAUUAUCCAUCCUGUGUUUUGCCAUUUGGGGAGGUGAAUGACUUGGAUAACGAGGAAUUCAAGCUUGAAGAGGGCCAGAUAGCUCCCGAUUACAAUUUCGCACAGCUUAAAGGCGCCCCUACCUCUAUACAACUUUUCACUAUGAAUAUGCAGGAUGAAGAGUGUCUACAGAUGGCGAAACAAAUUGAUGAAUGUCUGAAGGGUGAAAACGGGCUCUAA